AUGACCACACCGACGUCUCAGUCCUCCUUGGACGGUGGAUCCAAGCUUGGUAUGAACGAGACUGACGUGGUAUAUUUUAGGAAUGAGAGCAUUAUCUUUUCUACUCUUACUCUUGCUCUCUGCCUUUUUGGAUUUAUGGGGAAUGGAACCAUCAUCUGGCUUCUUGGCUUCCAUAUAAAGCGGAAUCCGUUCUCCACUUGCAUUCUUCAUUUGGCAGUUGCUGACCUUGGGGUCCUCAUAAACCUAGCAUUAAUAGCAACCUCUUUGAUUCAAUUACCUGAAAAGGAACACAUCACUUUGGCUAUGACACCUACCGUUUACAGUAUAUUGCGCAUCAUGUACUGCACCAGUCAGCUUCUUCUGAUAGUGAUCAGCAUUGACCGGUGUGUGGUGGUCCUCUUUCCAAUUUGGCAUCGAUGUCACCGGCCACCCAAAUUGCCCACCAUCAUCUGCAUCCUCAUAUGGGUUCUCUCCUUCACCCUCUUUGCAAUUUCUGUGCUUGUUUUGCAUGUUCGCAAAGACCCACUGAUCUUGGGUCUUCUGACUGUCCUGCUCUACCCUCUGAUGGCUGCCUCUACUCUCAUCCUGUUUGUGAAGGUCCACUACAAACAGCACCACUGUCAGAAAACAACAGCUUCAAUAGUAAUUCUGCUUGCCCUUUUAUUUUUCCUCAUCUUCAAUAUUCCAGUGGGUGUCUACGUGGUCAUAUCUAAUCUCUGGUCUGCCAAUGGCAUUGUUCAAAGCAUCACAAUCUGUGUUCUUUCUGGGAAAUCAAACUUUACUAUUUCAGUUGGAAAUGCCUCUAAAAUAAGGCCUUAUCUGUCUAUGCUUUCUGAGAACCUUGCUUUUCUCUGCAUCACUCUAAACAGCAGCAUCAACCCAAUUCUUUACUUCUUUGCUGGAAGAGAAAAGAAGGAUUGGUUUGCAUUGUUCAGGAUGAAAGUGGCCCUGCAGAAGCUCUUUCAGGAAGAGGAAGACCAGAGGCAAGUGGAGUAA